GCGGGUACAGGCCUCGGCGGAGCUCGCCCCGCGCCGCGUCCCCACCUGUUGCGGCGGCCGCAGCGCUUGGGCGUGGGCUGCAGAGAUGGGCCGCUACUCCGGCAAGACGUGCCGGCUGCUCUUCAUGCUGGUGCUCACCGUCGCCUUCUUCGUGGCUGAGCUGGUCUCGGGUUACCUGGGCAACUCCAUCGCGCUGCUCUCCGACUCCUUCAAUAUGCUGUCCGACCUGAUCUCGCUGUGCGUGGGCCUGAGCACCGGCUACAUCGCCCGGCGCCACCCCGGGGGCUUCCGGGCCACCUACGGCUACGCCCGCGCCGAGGUGGUGGGCGCGCUCAGCAACGCCGUCUUCCUCACCGCGCUCUGCUUCACCAUCUUCGUGGAGGCCGUGCUGCGACUGGCCCGGCCCGAGAGCAUCGAUGACCCCGAGCUGGUGCUCAUCGUCGGCGCCCUGGGGCUAGCGGUCAACGUGGUGGGGCUGCUCAUCUUCCAGGACUGCGCCUCCUGGUUCGCCUGCUGCUGCCGCCGCCGCCGUCGCCGCCUGCAGCAGCAGCAGCAGCUGGCCCAGGACGGCGCUCGCGCAGCUUUCGGGGACCUCCAGGGCGCGGAGGACCCGCAGCACGCGGCGAAAGCCCCUGGCUCGGACUCGGCCGUGAUCCUCCGGGGGGCCUCGGUCGAGAGGAAGCAGGAGAAGGGGGCGACCGUGUUCUCAAAUGUAGCAGGUGAUUCCUUGAACACCCCAAAUGAGCCUGAAGAGAUGAUGAAAAAGGAGAAAAAGUCCGAAGCCCUGAAUAUUAGAGGUGUGCUUUUGCAUGUGAUGGGAGAUGCCCUGGGAUCUGUAGUUGUGGUCAUCACAGCCAUCAUAUUCUAUGUGCUUCCCUUGGAAAACAAGGAAUGUAACUGGCAGUGCUACAUUGACCCCAGCCUGACUAUAGCCAUGGUCAUCAUCAUUUUGUCAUCUGCCUUCCCACUGAUCAAGGAGACGGCUGCCAUUCUGCUGCAGAUGGUCCCCAAAGGGGUCAACAUGGAAGAGCUGAUGAGUAAACUCUCUGCCGUGCCUGGAAUUAGUAGUGUACAUGAAGUGCACAUCUGGGAACUUAUAAGUGGAAAGAUCAUUGCUACCCUGCACAUCAAAUAUCAGGACAGGGGACAUCAGGACGCCAGCAUGAAAAUCCGAGAAAUUUUCCAUCAGGCAGGAAUCCAUAAUGUGACCAUCCAGUUUGAAAAUGUGGACUUGGAAGAGCCCCUGGAGCAGAAGGACUUAUUUUUGCUCUGCAGCUCGCCUUGCAUCUCCAAGGGCUGUGCUAAGCAGCUUUGUUGUCCCCCUGGUGUGCUACCUCUGGCCCAUGUCAAUGGCUGUGCUGAACAGAAUGGCAGCCCCCCACUAGACAUAUACCGAAGUGAUGGCCUCAGCAGAAGAGACACAACAGAAGUGGCCAUUGAAAUCCCUUUGGAUGGAUGUCCAAGGGACCAUGGACAAUCGCUUACAACCCAGGAGGACCAGUGUUAUGUCAACAGCACACAUUUUUAAUCUGGUACCCACACGAUCAGACUUUAUAGACAAGGCACUUUGGAACCACCACCUUGGCUUGUGGAAAGAGCUCUGUGGGGUGUAGGCUCUGAUCAAGCUUGCAGUGUGGGCUCUCUGGGUUUACUGAGGGGUUGGCUGUUUGGGAUUUUAGUUGGAUGUGUCUGUUAAUCUUUAUGUAACUGAUAACCCCUUUCCAUUCCCCUGGGGGUCUCAUGCUGCUGUUGGAUAGUUUUAGCUUGAACAUUCAUUUUUCUAGAGUGAACUGCACUGGUGUAUAUAUCAGGGACAUCAGAGGCUGGAACUCAGUGAAUGUAGACACAGUAUUCAAGGAAGUUCUUGUUUUUAAACUGAUUAGAACUUCUGACUGACUCUCAGGUGAGCUCAUAGCCUAAAUAUGUUGAAAAUAACUGAAUCAGAGCUAUAUUUUCUCCAUUCUGUUAAAGAUCAUAAGGAAGGAAGGUUAGGUAUUUAUGGCACUGCAGACAUAUCUUUUUUCUUUGAUUCAUUUUAAAAUAAAUGUAAAAUAAAUACCUAUUAAGGUAGAAACAUGUUCUCAGAACAUUAAAGGAGGUACAGUUUAAUAGGAAGGGGGCAGAAAAGAAGUCGUUUUUAACCAUUUUGUCAUUAUGUGAGAUGAGAAAAAACUAAUGUUUACUUUCUGCUGUGUACUGAAUUGCGGCUAUAGGGUGUUUCAGAUGUUUAAAUAUAUUUUUACUUUCUUAAGUAUGACACAAGUACUUAUAUACUGCCUUUUAGAGUCAGUACAGUCGGGACUGUUUUCAUUUAGUGCUUUGAUAAUGAUUUACUUAUUUGUCCAAAUUUGUUUUGAGUUUUCUUUCAUAGGAUCACAUUGAUCUAUACAGAAUUUACUAGAAAUAAAUGAGUAUUCCCGAGAUAGGAGAAUAUAUAAUAUUGAGGGUUCAUUCCUUUCAAAAAAAUAAGCUAGACUGUCUUUUCUUUAAUUAGAUACAUUUUAAAGUAUUUAUUAUAGUUGCAACUAGUACCUUGAUGGAAAAGUCGAUGUCCAAGGGAGAAAUGAGAAUUAAUUUAACUGCUGACUUUAAUGUGCUUUGAGGAACUUAGAGUUUUCCUUUAUGUCUCUGAUCCAGAUCACCAAGUUCAAAUAAAUGUUUUAUAAUCUGAUACAGACCCAUAACCGAA